AUGGCCACCGCCGCCGUCCCCAACGGCCACCCCUCCGCCGCCGGCGACGAUAGUCCUCCGCCCCCACCGCAGUCCUCGUCCUCGUCCUCGUCCUCGCUGGUGUUUCUGGGCACGGGCUGCUCCAGCGCCGUCCCCAACGCGCGGUGCCUGAUUCAGCCCUCCGACCCGCCCUGCGCCGUCUGCUCCCAGUCCCUCUCCGUGCCCCCGGAGCUAAACCCCAACUACAGGUGUAAUACUUCUCUUCUGAUUGAUUAUUGCCAAGAUGAAGGUGCACACAAGUAUAUUAUAAUUGAUGUUGGGAAGACAUUCCGAGAACAAGUUCUGCGGUGGUUUGUUUGCCACAAAAUCCCCUGUGUUGAUUCUAUUAUUCUGACUCAUGAGCACGCAGAUGCAAUCUUGGGACUUGAUGAUAUUCGGGUUGUACAGCCAUUUAGUCCUACAAAUGAUAUUGAUCCAACCCCUAUUUAUCUCUCCCAAUAUGCCAUGGACAGCAUUUCCCAAAAGUUUCCAUACUUGGUCAAAAAGAAACUAAAGGGAGGGGAGGAGGUCAGGCGGGUUGCUCAACUUGACUGGAGAAUAAUUGAGAGUGAUCUUCAGAAACCGUUUACUGCCUCAGGCCUACAGUUUGUUCCCUUGCCGGUGAUCCAUGGAGAGGACUACAUUUGUCUGGGUUUCCUUUUCGGAAGAAAAUCUAAAGUUGCUUAUAUAUCCGAUGUUUCACGGUUUCCUCCUAGCACAGAAGAUGCAAUUUCAAUGUCUGGAGGGGGGCAGCUAGAUUUGCUCAUCUUGGACUGCCUAUACAGGACUGGUUCUCAUAACGUGCAUCUUUGUUGGGAUCAGACACUGGAUGCUAUUAAGAGGAUAUUCCCCAAGAAGGCAUUGCUCAUUGGGUUGACUCAUGAGAUGGACCAUCACAAGGACAACCAGACACUGGAAGAAUGGUCCAGAAGAGAGGGGAUUGAUGUGCAGUUAGCUCGCGAUGGCUUGCGUGUCUACAUUGAUCUGUAA